AUGUCUGAUGGAAAAGGAUUCGAGAAUGCUGAAGAGCCUGAGACUCCUACCGUCACACUUCACCCCAGGGCGGUACUACGAAACGUUGCAGAUGCGCUCAAUCGCCGUCAUGAGGAAUUAGCUGUCACACUCCCCACCAACUCUACAUGGAGAACUGCUUUAAGAGCUGUCGAGGAUGUCAUUGCCGACGUUGAUGAGGACAUCGUGCUGAUGCCGCGUGGUAUACGGGGUCCGAAGCUCCGUGAGCUGGCUGUUGUGAACCCAUCUUGGGAGCAAGCCUACCCAGGACGAACCCUAUACGGACAGGAGAUCCGUACCACAAUCACACUCUCCGACAUGGAUGCGCCCCUCCCGAGGACCCAGGAAAUGCGGGAAAGAAUCCGCGAGAUGGCCGAAAAGGCCAGGGAUGAAGGCUUCCGCGAGCCGUAUGUUGUGCUCCGAGCAGAAGUUUCGGAAAGACUCAUCCCUUCCAUCCAUGCCAAUAUAUCUCUUCGCGCCAUCGAUGGCGACGAUGAGGAUCCGGUCCAGGUGUUAAAUAACACGGCAAUGGUAUUCGAUACUGGAGCGCACCGAACGAUAAUCACCGAAGAGCUCCUCCCUCGGCCAUUCCGUGAAUGGCUGCAGGAUCCCAUCCACGAUCCAUAUCGGGGUCAGCAUGGGGUCACAGUGCAGUUAGAUACUGAGAUGGCUUUCACCAAUUGUGCCCUCCCUCUGAGCAUGUCGGUCCUAAUUGUACCACAGGCCAAAAUGCCCAAUUCUUUGGUAGGUGUGUUGUUUGGUCAAUCUGGUGGGAUUGACCGUCUCAGUCUGCAAAUGAGACCUCGCCAUAUCCUUCAGGCGAAGGGAGAGCAGGUUCUAGAAAAUGUUUGGGGGGACGUCAUCCUCGACGAGUACGUUGAUCUGUAUGGAGCUGUGCAUGCUUCUUGA